AUGGGAGCGGAGAAUUGUAUUUGAACCAAAUCAUUAAACACAAGAUUCAAGAAGAAAAAGCAUUCGUCAAAGAACAAAGAGAAAAUUAAAAUGAGUUACAGGGAAACUUUUGACACGUCAGAAGAGAAAAAGAAUAGGUCAACAAGGCUCAGUGAUUAUUUGGAUCAGAGAAUGACAAUCACAUCUGAUCAUCCUGAUGAUAUUCACAAGAAAUACUUAAAUGGUGAAGAAAGAUACAGUCUUUUUGAAAUUUAUCAAAAUGACACCGACUCAUGGAGUGAUGCCACCCAUUUUGUGAACAAGGAAGCCCAAAAAUUAUUUUCAAUCAACAUUAAUGAAGAGUCUAUCAAGAAGUUCUAUAGUAUUGGUCUUACUAUUGGAAGUGGAAAUUAUGCUAAUGUCAAGAGAGGAUACAGUCUUGCAAACCCUUCAAUAAAAGUAGCAAUCAAAAUCUACGACCUAGACUGAACACUUGAGAGGCAGCUAGCUAUCUUCAGAGAGAUAUCUAUCAUGAGUACCCUCGAUCACCCAGGGCUGAUAAAGAUGUAUGAGGUGUAUAAAGACAGCACCAAACUCUACAUCGUCAGCGAACUUGCCCAAGGAAUGCAGCUGUAUGAUUAUAUUUUUGAAAAUAAGAAAAUCUUAGAAAAAGACACUAAAAUGAUCAUCAAGCAACUACUCAGCAUAACUGGGUACAUCCACUCUAAAAAUAUCGUGCAUAGAGACCUCAAGCCGGACAAUAUUAUCAUUGACCCAUGAACACUGAAAAUUAAGGUGUUAGACUUUGGGUCUUCCAGCUAUUUCUCAGACUCUGGAGAUCUAACAGAGCAGGUUGGCACACCCUUCUACGUCUCGCCUGAGUUACUCAAAGGAAAGUACAACUACCAGGCAGAUAUCUGGAGCAUUGGGAUCAUAGCCUAUCUCAUGUUAACUGGAUGUCCUCCAUUUCAGGAUGAGGAUACCCAAGAAAUUUAUAUGAAAAUUUUGAACGAACCCUUACCAUUUUGAAGGGGACAAUGGAUUUAUCUCAGUCAAGAUUCUAUGAAUUUCGUUGCUAAGUUACUAAUCAAAAAUCCAGCCAAAAGAAUUGCUAUAAGUGAAGCUUUAAACCAUCCAUGGUUAAUGGAUUUUGAAGAGAAUAGCCUUUCCUUUACCGAAACCAUGUGUAAGAAGUUACUCAACCGCAACAAGCAAAGUGUUUUGGCAAGAGAAAUACUUCAUAUUUAUUCAGACCAUAUCGACUCUCAGACCCUAUCUGAGUGGAAUAAAGUGUUCAAUCAUAUUUAUUCACCUAAAUUUGGACUUGCAGACAUGGAAAAGUUAAAGAAGAUUCUGAAUAAGUCUGAAGAAUUUAAGAAGUUGUCCAGAAAUUGUGAUUAUAUGACGCUUGCAAUCACAUUUAACAAUUUUGAUGAAAGGUAUAUCACCUAUACCGAGUUCCUAGCUGGAGUUAUAGAUUUACACACUGAUAUCCCUCAUUUCAACCUCAUGCAGAUUCUUUCCCAUAUGGGGAUCAACAAUGAAGAUGAAGUGACUAAUGAAGCACUCCAAAAAUAUUUACAAAGAAGAGGAUAUCAAAAUUCUAAAACACUCUCGACCAACUUCCAAAUCGAAAUACUCUCCGAACUCAAGACCCACAAGGAAGACAAUUCAAUCCCCCUCCACAUGCUGAGCUCCGAUACACUCUGAGAAGAUAGUGGUACAUGAGUCGGUGAAAUGAACAGCCCAGGGCCCCUUCUAAACUUAAUUCAUAACUAAAUUUCCUUCUAAGCCUUAAUUCCUUUUACUGCGUCGGUCUGCGGCCUAAGAAUAUCCUCCAAAUUCUGGUGGCUCUCGGCCCUCCAGAAUGGCCACAUAAAAUUUGAACGAAGAGGUAGAGGAAUUGGUGGAAUUCGAAGUCGGUAGAAAAUUUAGGAAUGACAAAACCCUUCUUGUUAUAGCA